GUCAUCAUUAUCAUGAUGUCUUGAAGAAGUAAACAAAGGCGAUAGCGGAAUGAAUUUUUAAACAUUCCACUUAAUUUCAUCCAUCUAUUUACGCGACAAAUAGUCUAAUAACAAGCCUUGUUUCCAUAUUGCACUGCUAUAAAGGUUGAUAGUAGUGCAGGAAGAUUUCCACUGACCGAUUCGCUUUCACAUCUUUAGACACAUGGAAGGGUUUGAUGCAAUUUAUUAUGAAGAGGAAUUGGAAAAUAAUGAAGAGAAUUCCCCUGGUGAUAUUUCUCUGGUACCUGAACCUGUUAUAAUACGUGGUGCUGGAAAUAUGACUGUAUUUGGUUUAAGUAAUAGAUUCAGUACAGAAUUCCCCAGUGGCUUAGUGUCUAGGGUGGCACCAGAAGAAUUCAAAGAAAGUGUAAUGCGCAUAAAUGGAAUUCUUAAAAAAACACUCCCAGUUAAUGUGAAAUGGUUAUUUUGUGGAUGUCUCUGUUGUUGCUGCACAUUAGGAUGUUCUUUAUGGCCUGUUAUAUGCCUUAGCAAAAGGACUCAACAUUCCUUGAAUAAAUUAUUAGAGUGGGAAAACAGUUAUCUUUACAAUAAAUUAGGACUCCAUUGGAGGCUUAGUAAGCAACAUUGUGAUUCUUCAUCAAUGAUGGAAUAUGUCAUACUGAUAGAGUUUUUACCAAAAAUACCAAUUUAUAGACCAGACUAACAAACAUUUCAUUCAGUAUUCUUGUAAAUAUUACUAUUAAUUCACCUAGUUAUUCAAUCAUGAAUCAAAUUGGUCAACUAACAUGUGAAAAUUCAACCUAAAUGUUUUGUUGGCAGUUUAUGUUGGUUUGUUAAUAUUUUACAAUUCCAGAUGAUUUUGAUGAGGUACUAUAUACUGAGAUAUUUCAAUAAUUGAUUUUGAAUUACAGAAGAGUAAACAUCCAUCAAUUGAUAUUCACAUCUAUGUCCAAAUUUGUUUUGAAAAUUUGUGAAGAGUAAACAUGAAUAAACAUAUUAAAACUCAAUUCUAUGUAAAAUAAUAUUUUCAACAUUACAAAUAGGCACCUACUGAUAUUCCUGAAUAUAUUAUAUACAAUCAUUGCAUUCUGUUGUUUACAAAACUGUCUUUAUUGAAAUUUUAUAGAUAGUAAAAACCUGGUUGAAAACUGAAUAUAUAAUAUAAUUUCUUCAGAAAAAAAAAAGACAGGAGAUGUGAUGAAUAAAAAUGUAGCCUGUAAAUAUUUGAUAUCUAUGUGAUAAUAUUCAUAUAACAUUGAUUACAAAUUUUGAAUUCUGAAUUGUUAUCCAACACCUCUAUUAUUGAAUUUGGCUCAAUAUUUUCAUAAGGUAGGUUUAAUAUUGAGGAAUUUUGUAUUAUAUUUGAUCACUGAUUAAUUUGUUAUGAAAUUAGUGAAUAUGACUGUAGGCAAUAUGUUGUAUGAUAAGUUUAUUAUUACUUUGAAAUUUGUAAAUUGUACUAUUUCAAUAAUUUUCAGAUGUAUAUCUAUGGUUGCAAUUCACUUUUUAAUGUUAUCCCAUUUCUUCCUGUUAUUGCUAGUUUAUAAUAAAAUGUUGAUAUC